AUGGAAGGCGGCGGCAAGCCCAAGUCCGCGUCCAACAGCCGCGACGAUGGCAACAGCGUCUUCCCCUCCAAGGCGCCCGCGACGGGGCCGGCGGUGGCCGACAAGCGCCUGGGGACCCCGCCGGGGAGCGGCGCGGCGGGGAAGGAGCACGGCAACUCCGUGUGCUUCAAGGUGGACGGCGGAGGCGGCGAGGAGCCGGCCGGCAGCUUCGAGGAUUCGGAGGGACCCCGGCGGCAGUAUGGAUUCAUGCAGAGGCAGUUCACCUCCAUGCUGCAGCCCGGGGUCAACAAAUUUUCCCUCCGCAUGUUCGGCAGCCAGAAGGCGGUGGAGAAGGAGCAGGAAAGGGUUAAAACUGCAGGCUUCUGGAUUAUCCACCCGUACAGUGACUUCAGGUUUUAUUGGGAUUUAAUAAUGCUUAUAAUGAUGGUUGGAAAUUUGGUCAUCAUACCAGUUGGAAUCACAUUCUUUACAGAACAAACAACAACACCAUGGAUUAUUUUCAAUGUGGCAUCAGAUACCGUUUUCCUGUUGGACCUAAUCAUGAAUUUUAGGACUGGGACUGUCAAUGAAGACAGCUCUGAAAUCAUCCUGGACCCUAAAGUAAUCAAGAUGAAUUAUUUAAAAAGCUGGUUUGUGGUUGACUUCAUCUCAUCAAUCCCAGUGGAUUAUAUCUUUCUUAUUGUAGAGAAAGGAAUGGAUUCAGAAGUUUACAAGACAGCCAGAGCCCUUCGUAUUGUGAGAUUUACAAAAAUUCUCAGUCUCUUGCGUUUAUUACGCCUUUCAAGGUUAAUUAGAUACAUACAUCAGUGGGAAGAGAUAUUCCACAUGACGUAUGACCUGGCCAGUGCCGUGGUGAGAAUCUUCAACCUCAUUGGCAUGAUGCUGCUCCUGUGUCAUUGGGAUGGCUGUCUUCAGUUCCUGGUCCCACUGCUUCAGGACUUCCCACCGGAUUGCUGGGUUUCCCUAAAUGAAAUGGUUAACGACUCUUGGGGAAAGCAAUAUUCCUACGCACUCUUCAAGGCGAUGAGUCACAUGCUGUGCAUUGGCUAUGGUGCCCAAGCACCCGUCAGCAUGUCCGACCUCUGGAUUACCAUGCUAAGCAUGAUUGUCGGGGCCACCUGUUAUGCUAUGUUUGUUGGCCACGCCACAGCUCUGAUUCAGUCUUUGGACUCUUCAAGGAGGCAGUAUCAAGAAAAAUAUAAGCAAGUGGAACAAUACAUGUCAUUCCAUAAGUUACCAGCUGACAUGCGCCAGAAGAUACAUGACUACUAUGAACACCGAUACCAAGGCAAGAUCUUUGAUGAAGAAAAUAUUCUCAAUGAACUUAAUGAUCCCCUGAGAGAGGAAAUAGUCAACUUCAACUGCCGGAAACUGGUGGCUACAAUGCCUCUUUUCGCUAACGCGGACCCCAAUUUUGUGACGGCCAUGCUGAGCAAGCUGAGAUUUGAGGUGUUCCAGCCUGGAGACUACAUCAUUCGAGAAGGCGCUGUGGGGAAGAAAAUGUAUUUCAUCCAGCAUGGCGUUGCUGGCGUCAUCACCAAGUCCAGUAAAGAAAUGAAGCUGACAGAUGGCUCUUACUUCGGAGAAAUUUGCCUGCUGACCAAGGGCCGGCGCACCGCCAGUGUCCGAGCUGAUACAUACUGUCGUCUUUACUCCCUUUCGGUGGACAACUUCAAUGAAGUCUUGGAGGAAUACCCAAUGAUGAGAAGAGCUUUUGAGACCGUUGCUAUUGACCGACUCGACCGGAUAGGCAAGAAAAACUCCAUUCUCCUUCAGAAGUUUCAGAAGGAUCUGAACACUGGUGUGUUCAACAAUCAGGAGAAUGAGAUCCUCAAGCAAAUUGUGAAGCACGACAGAGAGAUGGUUCAAGCGAUCCCGCCAAUCAACUACCCUCAAAUGACAGCCCUGAAUUGCACAUCAUCAACCACCACCCCGACCUCCCGCAUGAGGACACAAUCUCCACCAGUCUAUACGGCAACCAGCUUGUCUCACAGCAACCUCCACUCGCCCAGCCCCAGCACACAGACACCCCAACCCUCAGCCAUACUCUCACCCUGCUCCUACACCACAGCAGUCUGCAGUCCUCCUGUACAGAGCCCCCUGGCCACACGAACUUUCCACUAUGCCUCUCCCACUGCUUCGCAGCUGUCACUCAUGCAGCAGCUACCGCAGUCCCAGGCACCCCAGACUCAGCAACAGCAGCAGCAACAGCAGCAGCAACAGCAACAGCAGCAGCAGCAGCAGCAGCAGCAGCAGCAGCAGCAGCAACAGCAACAACAACCACAGACACCUGGUAGCUCCACACCGAAAAACGAAGUGCACAAGAGCACGCAAGCGCUUCAUAACACCAACCUGACCAGAGAAGUCAGGCCCCUCUCGGCUUCGCAGCCCUCGCUGCCCCAUGAGGUGCCCGCUAUGAUCUCCAGACCUCAUCCCACUGUGGGCGAGUCACUGGCCUCCAUCCCUCAACCUGUGGCAGCUGUCCACAGCACGGGCCUUCAGGCGGGGGGCAGGAGCACAGUGCCACAGCGUGUCACCUUGUUCCGACAGAUGUCCUCGGGAGCCAUCCCCCCCAACCGAGGAGUGCCUCCAGCACCCCCACCACCAGCAGCUGUGCAGAGAGAAUCUCCCUCAGUCUUAAACACAGACCCAGAUGCAGAAAAACCGCGUUUUGCUUCAAAUUUAUGAUCCUUGCUGAUUGUCAAAGCAGAAAAGAAAUACUCUAAUAAACAGAAUAUUCUCAGAUAUUAUUUUAA